CUACGAAUCACGAGAACAAAAGUUUUGAGAACUUAAUGUUAAGAAUGAGGGAUGUCCGCGUGUUGUGAUGAGAAAUUGUUUGAGUGGAAACCCCGUCUUUUAAUUCGAAUGGAUUAUACAUACGAUCGAAAAGCGGAGGAUUUCAUCGAUAGUGCCGUCGUUAUGUCACGGAAUUCUAAUAGUAAAGCGCUUAUAUCACAGAAGUCGAAUGGACAAACUACGAGGAAAAAGAUGCAUUAUGUAUUAUGGCCAUUUGUAUUUGGAGUGAAUCUGUACGACUUUCUUGGUCUAUGUCAUCUUGUUCCCACGCACACUUUGCAUCUAUCACGUCCUUUUCUGAUGAGCACAUCAACGUUUCAAGUUUUUCAAAAAACUCAAACGGGCCUUUGACUUGUCUAUGAUCUCAAACGGAAACAAAACCUCCUGCUGAUGGAUAUGUUACCGGCCAAACCCGAUCUUAGGACAAACUAGUUUUGCCUAGGCUAAACUAGAUCAGGGCCCACAGUAUUUUUGCGCGGAACACCUUUCCUAGUAGGCGGGCUUCGGCUGCACUUAAAAAAAAUAUCCCUUAUCAGUAUAACACCAGCUACGCAUUCCACAAUAUUGUUGCGUCCAACUUGUUUCCGCAUUGGACGGAUAUAUUGGAUCUAGGUAGAACUAGUUUAGCCUAGGAAAAACUAGUUUGUCCUAAGAUCGAGUUUGGCCGGUAAUAGAUAUAAACAAAUGUUAAUGCUGUUUUUAAUUUGUGCUUGUAAAAUAUUCAUUUGUCUUUAACAAAUUAAAAUUAAAAUUAUGUAGCUUGAAAUAUGUAAAACGUGCGGUAAAUUAUGGGUAAUAGCCCUUUCGAAACCUGAAUUAAAUUGGGUGGGAAUAAAACUUUUUGAAGGCAUAUUAUUGUUGGCUGAGACCUAAAUAUGAACUGGUAUAAAUUUUAAAUGUCUAUGACUUCUUGUUUUGCUGUUAUGAAAUGUUGCAUGUAAAUAUUCACAAAGUUUAAUAACAAAAACCAAUAAUAAUUUUCAAGGUUUGAUGUAUUUAUUUAAUUUUCCAUAAUAAAUUUUUUAACCUAAACCCUUUGU